AUGUGUGGUGGUGACCUUGGUAUCAGGCACAUGCGGCCAAGAGGAGCAAGCUUUUCGAUCCACAAGGUCAGCGAGUGGCUCGGCCAAGAUCAGCUCUCCUCUCCUGAUAUGGAAGAAGCCCAUCGGCAUCAGCGCCACAGACGUACUCAGAAGCGUGAAAGAAGGAAGGAAAAAGCCAGCCACAACUCGUGCUCGUCGUUCACUCCCGGCGAUGCAAAGCUCGAAGACGUCAAACUGUCGCUGGCAGACGAGGAAAGAGAGGUCAACCUGACCGCCUUGUUUGCGCUCGUGGGGAAUCUGAUCGCGAACCAUGUGAACGACAAGGUGGACCAUAAACAUGAGGUACAGGACGUGGCGUCAAGUCAGUGCGAUGCGGGGGGAAUGAAGCUCCGGCCGUGGGAGCGAGAAGUUGAAUAUGCAUCGUCACGAGCUCGCGACAUCUCAAGGCAGUUGCAGCUCGAGAGGACACAAGUGGAGUUGCAACUCAGAUUCACCGCCGUGGUUGCAGUGACUGAACCAGAGUCGGACGUUCCUAGACGAUCCACCGUUCUACGGUUCUUGUUCCCAGAAGAUUUCUUGUACCUAACAACGCACAUCAUCUGCAAGCAGCGCAUAAAUCGAAGUACCCCAAGACCUUUGCUGCCUUCUUCUGCUCCUCUGUCAACCCGUUCCAACUGA